AGUAUCUCUCUCGCGCCACAUAAACUCAAAGCCACGUAGACAUCAUUAUUGAUUUACACACUUGAUGUGUGUUAAGUAAGGAUUUCCAAUAUGGCAGUGUAGUAUAUAAUUCACAUCUCUCUACUCACCUCGAGGGCUUGAGAAGUUGGGAAAAGACCACCAUUUAUUACUCCUCUCUCUCUUUCUCUCUUCUCUGUACGCAAAGUGAGACGCAAUGGAACACGAGCGCAAGAACAAUCUGAAUGGGAUGGAGAUGGAAAAGGGAAAUAAGGAGAGUGGUUCGAGAAAAGGGCUUGAGUUAACGAUGAGAGUGUUGGCUUUGGUUCUAUCACUGACGGCUGCAACAGUACUUGGUGUCGCAAAACAGACCAAGGUUGUGUCUAUAACGCUGAUUCCAACUUUGCCUCCACUUGAUGUGUCCGCAACAGCCAAAGCCUCUUACUUGUCUGCCUUUGUGUUCAACAUUUCGGCAAACGCCAUAGCUUGCGGUUACACAGCGAUCUCAAUAGCCAUUCUGAUGGUCAGCAAAGGAAGAAGAAGCAAAGGCUUGAUAAUGGCGGUGCUAAUAGGUGAUCUAGUGAUGAUGGCUUUGCUAUUUUCCAGCACCGGAGCCGCCGGAGCAAUAGGGUUGAUGGGUGUACAAGGGAACAAGCAUGUGAUGUGGAAGAAAGUGUGUAACGUUUUUGGAAAAUUCUGUCACCAAACUGCUGCUUCGGUGGCCAUCACUCUUCUCGCAGCAAUUAUGUUUAUGGUUCUUGUUGUUCUUGAUGCUAUGAAGCUUCCUCAAUGCAAGUGAUAUUUCUGUUUCUUCUGCAGCUCUUCCGCUUCUUGUCGUGUUGUGUUGUGUGAAGUCAUUAUCAACAAUCAUGUAAUUGUCAAUUUGCUUUUAAUGCUUUUUAUGAAAUCGUUUUCUACGGUGAGCAUUUA